AUGGGAGCCAUAGGGCUUGUGUGGCUGCUGUUGCUGCUGCUUUCACCGGCAGCCUCAGGCUCCGGGACCGGAACCGAGACUGGCCAGCGCGUGGGCUCACCGGCCACGGGGUCGGCGCUGCAGCCCCGGGAGCCGCUCAGCUACUCGCGCCUGCAGAGGAAGAGCCUGGCGGUGGACUUUGUGGUGCCCUCGCUCUUUCGCGUCUAUGCCCGGGACCUGCUGCUGCCGCCGCCGUCCCCCUCGGAGCCGAGGGCUGGCCGGCUGGAGGCGCGCGGCUCGCUGGCUCUCGACUGCGCCCCACUGCUUAGGCUGGUGGGGCCGCCGCCCGGAGUCUCCUGGACAGCCGGCUCCAGCUCUCCCGCCCCGGCCCAGGCGCGGGCGCUGUCCAGGGUGCUGAAGGGAGGCUCAGUUCGCAAGCUCCGGCGUGCCAAGCAGCUGGUGCUGGAACUGGGAGAGGAGGCGAUCCUUGAGGGCUGUGUCGGGCCCCCAGAGGAGGCGACUGCGGGGCUGCUUCAGUUCAACCUCACUGAACUGUUCAGCUGGUGGAUUCGCCACGGUGAAGGGCGGCUGAGGAUUCGCCUGAUGCCCGAGAAGAAGGCGUCGGAAGUGGGCAGAGAGGGAAGGCUGUCCGCUGCGAUCCGCGCCUCCCAGCCCCGCCUUCUCUUCCAGAUCUUCGGGACCGGGAUCGGUCAGAGCUCCUUGGAGUCACCAACAAACCUGCCUUCUCUUCUGCCUGAUUCUUUUGCAUGGAAUCUGACCUGGAUAAUGAAAGACUCCUUCCCUUUCCUGUCUCAUCGCAGCCGAUAUGGUCUGGAGUGCAGCUUUGACUUCCCCUGUGAGCUGGAGUAUUCCCCUCCACUGCGCAACCUUGGGAACCAGAGCUGGUCCUGGCGCCGCGUCCCUUCCGCGGAGGCCUCCCAGAUGGACCUGCUGGAUGGGCCUGAGAUGGAGCGUUCCAAGGAGAUGCCCAGAGGCGCCUUCCUCCUCCUCAACACCUCGGCAAACUCCAAGCACACCAUCCUGAGCCCGUGGAUGAGGAGCAGCAGCGAGCACUGCAGGCUGGCCGUCUCGGUACACAGGCACCUGCAGCCCUCUGGGAGGUACGUCGCCCAGCUGCUGCCCCACAAUGAGGCUGGAAGAGAGAUCCUCCUGGUACCCACCCCAGGCAAGCAUGGUUGGACCGUGCUGCAGGGAAGAAUUGGGCGCCCGGAGAACCCGUUCCGAGUGGCCCUGGAAUACAUCUCUAGUGGAAACCGAAGCUUGUCUGCAGUGGACUUCUUUGCCCUGAAGAACUGCAGUGAAGGAACAUCCCCGGGCUCCAAGAUGGCCUUGCAGAGUUCCUUCACCUGCUGGAACGGGACAGUCCUCCAGCUUGGGCAGGCCUGUGACUUCCGUCGGGACUGUGCCCGGGGAGAAGACGAGGGCCAGCUGUGCAGUAAACUCCCUGCUGGCUUUUACUGCAACUUCGAGGAUGGCUUCUGUGGCUGGACCCAAAACCCACUGUCACCCCACAAGCUCCAGUGGCAAGUCAGGACCUUAAAGGAUGCCCGGUUCCAGGACCACCAAGGCCACGCCCUGUUGCUCAGCACCACUGACGCCCCCACCUCUGAAAGUGCUACAGUGACCAGCGCUACGUUUCCCGCACCGAUAAAGAACUCUCCGUGCGAGCUCCGAAUGUCCUGGCUCAUCCGUGGAGUCUUGCAGGGAAACGUCUCCUUGGUGCUGGUGGAGAACAAAACUGGAAAGGAACAAAGCAGAAUGAUCUGGCAUGUUUCCACCAUGGAAGGCUUGAGCCUGUGGCAGUGGACAGUGCUGCCUCUCCUCGAUGUGGCCGACAGGUUCUGGCUGCAGAUUGUUGCGUGGUGGGGACAAGGAUCCAGAGCCACCGUGGCUUUCGACAAUAUCUCCAUCAGCCUGGACUGCUACCUCACCAUCAGUGGGGAGGACAAGAUGCCGCAGGAGACAGCACCCACGUCAAGAAAUCUGUUCGAGGGAAACCCAAACAAGGAGCCAAAACCCUGGGAAAACGCACCAAAAGAGAACACCAUCUUUGACCCUACAGUUCACUGGCUGUUCACCACGUGCGGGGCCAGUGGGCCCCACGGCCCCACGCAGGCCCAGUGCAACAACGCCUACCGGAACUCCAACCUGAGCGUGGUGGUGGGGAGCGAGGGCCCCCUGAAGGGCAUCCAGACCUGGAAGGUGCCAGCCACCGACACCUACAGCAUCUCAGGCUAUGGAGCCGCUGGCGGGAAAGGCGGGAAGAACACCAUGAUGCGGUCCCACGGCGUGUCUGUGCUGGGCAUCUUCAACUUGGAGAAAGACGACACGCUGUACAUCCUGGUCGGGCAGCAGGGGGAAGACGCCUGCCCCAGUACAAACCGAUUAAUCCAGAAAGUCUGCAUUGGAGAGAACAACGUGAUAGAAGAAGAAAUCCGCGUGAACAAAAGCGUGCACGAGUGGGCAGGAGGGGGCGGAGGAGGGGGCGGAGCCACCUACGUAUUUAAGAUGAAGGAUGGCGUGCCAGUGCCCCUGAUCAUCGCGGCUGGCGGUGGCGGCAGGGCCUAUGGGGCCAAGACAGACACGUUCCACCCAGAGAGGCUGGAGAAUAACUCCUCCGUUCUAGGGCUGAACGGCAAUUCCGGAGCCGCAGGUGGUGGAGGCGGCUGGAACGAUAACACUUCCGUGCUCUGGUCUGGGAAAUCGUUGCUGGAAGGCGCCGCCGGAGGACAUUCCUGCCCCCAGGCCGUGAAGAAGUGGGGGUGGGAGACAAGAGGGGGUUUCGGAGGGGGUGGCGGGGGGUGCUCCUCAGGUGGAGGAGGCGGAGGAUACAUAGGUGGCAACGCAGCCUCAAACAAUGACCCCGAGAUGGACGGGGAAGAUGGGGUCUCCUUCAUCAAUCCGCUGGGCAUCCUGUACACCCCGGCUUUAAAAGUGAUGGAGGGCCACGGGGAAGUGAAUAUUAAGCAUUACCUAAACUGCAGCCACUGUGAGGUAGACGAGUGCCACGUGGACCCCGAGAGCCACAAGGUCAUCUGUUUCUGCGACCACGGGACAGUGCUGGCCGAGGACGGCGUCUCCUGCAUCGUGUCGCCCACCCCGGAGCCCCACCUGCCACUCUCGCUGAUCCUCUCCGUCGUGACGUCGGCCCUCGUGGCCGCCCUCGUGCUGGCUUUCUCCGGCAUCAUGAUCGUGUACCGCCGGAAGCACCAAGAGCUGCAAGCCAUGCAGAUGGAGCUGCAGAGCCCCGAGUACAAGCUGAGCAAGCUCCGCACCUCCACCAUCAUGACCGACUACAACCCCAACUACUGUUUUGCCGGCAAGACCUCCUCCAUCGGCGACCUGAAGGAGGUGCCACGGAAAAACAUCACCCUCACCCGGGGUCUGGGCCACGGUGCAUUUGGGGAGGUGUAUGAAGGUCAGGUGUCUGGAAUGCCCAACGACCCGAGCCCCCUGCAAGUGGCUGUAAAGACGCUGCCCGAGGUGUGUUCUGAACAGGACGAACUGGAUUUCCUCAUGGAAGCCCUGAUCAUCAGCAAAUUCAACCACCAGAACAUUGUGCGCUGUAUCGGGGUGAGCCUGCAAGCCCUGCCCCGAUUUAUCCUGCUGGAGCUCAUGGCAGGAGGAGACCUCAAGUCCUUCCUCCGGGAGACCCGCCCUCGCCCGAAUCAGCCCUCUUCCCUGGCCAUGCUGGACCUCCUGCACGUGGCUCGGGACAUCGCCUGUGGCUGUCAGUAUCUAGAGGAAAAUCACUUCAUCCACCGGGACAUUGCUGCCAGGAACUGCCUCUUGACCUGUCCAGGCCCUGGAAGAGUGGCCAAGAUUGGAGACUUUGGAAUGGCCCGUGACAUCUACAGAGCGAGCUACUACCGAAAAGGAGGCUGUGCGAUGCUGCCGGUGAAAUGGAUGCCCCCGGAGGCCUUCAUGGAAGGAAUAUUUACUUCUAAAACAGACACGUGGUCCUUCGGAGUGCUGCUGUGGGAAAUCUUCUCUCUUGGAUACAUGCCAUACCCUAGCAAAAGCAACCAGGAAGUUCUGGAGUUUGUCACCAGUGGAGGACGGAUGGACCCACCUAAGAACUGCCCCGGGCCUGUAUACCGGAUAAUGACCCAGUGCUGGCAACAUCAGCCUGAAGACAGGCCCAACUUUGCCAUCAUUUUGGAGAGGAUUGAAUACUGCACCCAGGACCCGGAUGUGAUCAACACGGCUCUGCCCAUAGAAUACGGGCCCCUCGUGGAGGAGGAAGAGAAGGUGCCCAUGAGGCCCAAGGACCCUGAGGGCAUCCCUCCGCUGCUGGUCUCCGCUCCCCAGGCCCGGCGGGAGGAGGGCCGCGAGCCGGCCGCCGCCGCCGCCCUGCCUCCCGCUGCUCCCUCGGCCAAAGCCGGCAAGAAGCCCGCGGCUGCGGAGGCCUCUGUCCGCGGCGCCAGGGCGCCGGCCGCGGAGGGCGGACACGUGAACAUGGCCUUCUCCCAGUCCAACCCGCCCUCGGAGCUGCACCACGUCCAAGGGGCCAGAAACAAGCCCACCAGCCUGUGGAACCCCACCUACGGCUCCUGGUUCACAGAGAAGCCCACCAAAAAGAACACGCCCCCGGCCAAGGAGGAGCAGCGCGAGAGGGGGAACCCGGGCGGCGAGGGCGGCCGCGCCGUCCCAGCCCCCGCGGCCGCCGCCCGCCGCCCGGCCGCCUCGCUGCUGCUGGAGCCGUCGGCGCUGAGCGCCAGCCUGAGGGACGUGCCGCUGUUCCGGCUGCGCCACUUCCCCUGCGGCACCGUCAACUACGGCUACCAGCAGCAGGGCUUCCCCCCGGAGGCCGCCGCCCCGGGCCCGGGCCGCUACGAGGACCCCGCGCCCAAGGGCCAGCCUGCGCCCUGAGCCCGGCCCCGG